AUGGCUUUAUUUAACGUAGAAGGUUGGGCUAUUAAGACGAAGACUGUCGCUUUUGAUGACAAGACUAAGAAGUCUUCAAAAGAUAAAAAAAAAAAUAAUAGAAAAAAUGGCAAACUUACAAGAGAGCAGAAGUUAAAGGAAGAGACGGAGGCUGAGUUGAAGGAGCAAGUGGAAGAGACUCCUUCGGAGGAACCAGUGGCUGAAAACACACAAAAAAAUGGAGAGAAAAGUGGCGAAAGCAAAACGAGCAGGAAACGUAAGCACGAUGAGGAGGGCGUCCUGGCGCAAGCAAAAGAAAAGAUUGAAAAACCUUCAAAGAAGCAACUAACUCCUUUACAACAGAAGAUGAUGGCUAAACUGACUGGUUCCAGAUUUAGAUGGAUCAAUGAACAGCUGUAUACAAUUACCUCUGAAGAAGCGUUGAAAUUAAUAAAAGAACAACCACAAUUAUUUGAUGAAUAUCAUGACGGUUUUAGAUCACAAGUGCAAGCAUGGCCGGAAAAUCCAGUUGAUGUUUUUGUUGACCAAAUUCGUUAUAGAUGCAUGAAACCUGUCAAUGCUCCAGGUGGGUUACCAGGUCUUAAGGACAGUAAAGAAAUAGUUAUUGCUGAUAUGGGGUGUGGUGAAGCUCAAUUGGCAUUAGAGAUCAACAAUUUUUUCAAAAGUUACAAUAAGAAAGCGAAAAAAUAUUUAAAAAGACGCCAUAAAGUCCACAGUUUUGAUUUGAAGAAAGCUAACGAAAGAAUAACUGUUGCAGAUAUUAGAAAUGUGCCGUUACCAGACGAAUCUUGUACUAUAGUAGUCUUCUGCUUGGCUCUAAUGGGCACAAAUUUUCUCGAUUUCAUAAAAGAAGCGUAUAGAAUCUUAGCGCCAAGAGGUGAGUUAUGGAUCGCAGAAAUUAAAUCAAGAUUUGGCGACGGCAGAGGUAAUGAAUUUGUGGACGCUCUGAAAUUGAUGGGGUUCUUCCAUAAAAGGACCUUCGACGACAAUAAGAUGUUCACAAGAUUCGAAUUCUUCAAACCGCCUGCAGAGAUUAUUGAAGAAAGAAGGCAAAAAUUGGAGAGAAGACAAAAAUUCAUUGAAGUUGAAACUGAGAAGGAAGAAUUAGAAAAGAAAAGACGGAAAAUUGCUGAAGGUAAAUGGCUCUUGAAGCCAUGUAUUUAUAAAAGAAGAUAG